AGUCAUUAAGAAAUGCCUCCACAGCCGGCACAGUGACAGCAGCUGUCAGCCCAGGUGGGUGUCUCCCAUCUGUGAAGGCCUUGGUUAGAAAGACCGACACUACUCUCUCAGGCUUGGAUCUCAGUGACUUUGCCCAUUUCCAAAAUACCAGACCAGACGCAUCCUCCAAGAAUGAAAAUCUACUUUUGUUGAGGUUAAUCAGAACCUUCUGACAGCCUUGAGCCUCCACAAAAGGAGCCUCUGACGAAUGACUGAUCAUGGCUGCUGAGGCCUGUUAUCUCUGAAGGGCCAUGUCAGAAGGGGGAAGCAAGGACAGCUCGGGCAGUGAGUGCCCUGUGUGCUACGAGAAGUUCCGGGAUCUGGAGGGCGCCAGCCGGACGCUGAGCUGCGGCCAUGUGUUCUGCCAUGACUGCUUGGUCAAGUACCUGCUCUCUACCCGCGUGGAUGGACAGGUGCAGAGGACUAUCGUCUGCCCCAUCUGCCGCUACGUCACCUUCCUCAGCAAGAAGAGCUCCCGCUGGCCCUCCAUGCUGGACAAGAGCUCGCAGACCCUGGCUGUGCCUGUGGGCCUGCCCUCUGUGCCCUCACCAGACCGUGGAGGCCACACAAACCCCCUGGUUAUUUCCCACCAGGUCUGGGGACAAUCGCCAAGCCAGGGGCCUCAGCUCCCCUUGGACCUGCUGCCCAGCCUGCCCAGAGAGUCACAGAUUUUCAUCAUCAGUCGCCACGGGAUGCCGCUGGGGGAACAGGACAGCGUGCUGCCCCGACGCAGCCUGGCAGAGAUAUCAGAGGCAUCCCCGGCUCCCAGCACCACCCGUUCUUUCUGCUGCCGGUCUCGGGCUCUCCUGCUCAUCACCCUCAUUGCCGUGGUGGCUGUGGUAGCUGCCAUCCUGCCCUGGGUGCUGCUGGUGAGGAAGCAGGCCUAAGUGGCGGCAGGCAGAGGACAGAAGAGCAAGGCCCAGUAUCUAAGCUGUGCUCCAUGCUGUGCUGGCCACGGCUUGGGAGAGGGCAGAGGGUCCUAUUGUAGACCUGGUACAAUCAAGCUGCAGAAGAGGUCCCGGACUCAGGACAUGGGUGGGGCCAUAUUAGAAAGUUAAGGGCUUUGUCUCCACCCUUUUCAUCCCUUGUCAGUGAGGGCUUUGGCAUGAGGAGAGGCUAGGGACAGAGAUACUCUGAGGCUAACACUGAAUGGCCAACUCCCCAUUUGUGGUUCCAUAAGUAUCCCCAACAAACAACCCUUCUUUAGGCUGGAACUUAGCAAGCUAGAAGCUGGGUGGCCACUGCUCUCCUACAGGGUCAUAAACCUUACCAGCCAAGUAACCAACCUGAAGCCAGGUAGACCUAGGUACAAGGAAGUUUUGCUGCCCUGUAUCCUACCAGGUGAGAGCCCAGUGGAAGUCCUGUUCCAGAUCAGAACUCCUUCCCACAGAGGGUCCUCUACAGUGCCCCCAGGAAGAAACAGAAGUUGAUACAGGGUCCUAGCUCCAGUCUUCCAGCACCAUAGCCUCAUAUAUGAACCUCAAGCAGCCCACUGCUAAGUGUUCCCAUCUCCAGCCCAUCAUCUUGAAGGAGGAAGAUGAUGAUCUCAGAAGCUUUAGCCCAGGAGAGGAGGUGGGGGUGGGGCAACAGAGAAAAGGUUUUCUGGGUGGUCCACACCAAAAAACACUCUGUGAAAGAGGCCGCUGUUGACAGAAUAGCCACAGCCUCAGAGGGUUCUGUAAACUGCCAGGCCCAAGGAGCAGACCUGAUUUCCAGUCUUAGGGUUUUCAAGGGUGACAUAGAAGACAGGGGGUGGAGAGGACGCCCUCCAGGUGAGACUUGAGUCAGCUGAGAGCUAUGUGAGCAAAUUAACCCCUGGGGGCUCCCACCUUCCUCCCUGCCAAGUCCACCUCCUCAUGAGCCAACCAUUCAUUAGAAGCCACACCAGCUGGGCCAGUUUCCCAGGUGGAUGCUCUGGGGCUGAGCUGGGUGAGGAAGGGUGGGGAAGAAAGAAGCUGAGCUUGUCAGCUGUCUCCACAGAUGCUGAUAGCCAGACACUGCACCCUGGAGUGGUUGGGUACUCACGCCUAUAAGGAAAGCCUCAGAGUUGGUCUCUCUUGAGGAAGUCCUCAAGGAAGCUAAUCCCUUGUCACUGAAAACAACAGGGACUUCCAGCUACUGUCACAGAUAGGAGAGGUUUGGCAUCCAGGGUGUGCCAGUAGUUGAGCCUAUUCACAACAUCCACACAGAAGUUCACUGUCUGUGUAGAAUGAAACAAUGCUAUAUCCCUCUUAGCUACUUCUCCGAUGUCUGCCAUGGUUGACAUCUGGGGGCCAUCAGAAAGAGCCUCAGCCAACAAGGGAUGUUUGUGACAAAGUGGCUGUUGCUUUCAGGGGCCCACCAGUGGACUUAUGCUUCUUCUAAGACUAGAGAACACAGGUGCUGUGCCGAUGUGGAGGGAACAGGUAGAUGGGGUGGGGGGUGGGGGUGAUAUUUAUUAUAGAAACAAAAGGAACCUUGCAGACGUGUGUGUCUGUGUCCACCUCAGCCAGGCUGUGCUAAUAAUCAGUGCCACGAGAUUCUGGGGAACUGAUUCAAAGCCUUCAGGAUCCUGCUGUGUUUGCAGAGACUCUUCCAAAAUACCUGUGAUGUUUUCAUGUUGUUCAGCUGCACUUGUAGAGGCCACUUCUUUCGUUUUCAAAUAAAGGUGGGAAGCCAUUUUUAAAAUAAAAGCAGGUAUUUUCUCAGAGUACAGAGAUCUUUGCAAUGUGUGUAGACUCUUAAAAAUCCCAAAGUCCUUAAGACUCUGAGACUCUGAGGCACAUUUGUAAAAGAACUAUAAAUCAAAAUCACUGGCAUCGAUUACCUGUUAGCUUAUUAAAUCCUGUUCUGCCUGUGAGGCUGGAGUGGCAGGUGAAUUGUUAGUGAAAAUGCAUAUUUUUUUGAUUUUUUUAUUGUUGUUUGGUUGGUUUUAUUUUGUUUUUUGUGUGUGUGUGUGUUUUUUUUUUUUGAGACAGGAUUUUUUUGUGUAGCCUGGCUGCCCCAGAAUUCACUCUAGACCAGGCUGACCUUGAACUUUCAAAGAUCCACCCGCCUCUCCCUCCCAAGUGCUGGGAUUAAAAAUGUGUGCCGCCUCUGCCUGGCUAGAAAUGCAUAUUUGUAAAAAGCUGUCCAAUGAAGCUGGACACAUUAUCUCUCAAUGUUUCCAUGUUGGACCAGCAGUUUGUGUUCUAGAAAUGUGUCUCCUUAGUACAGCUGUCUAGAUGGCUGGUGACACAUACACAAUAUUAUAUAAUUGUGGUCCUAUGUGUAAUAACAAAGGUUUAAAAAGCCCCUACGUGGUAAUCAACAAACAGCUAGUUAUUAGCCUUGAGGUCCAGGGCCUGCGGCCCCAAAGAGGACUAAACUAUGUAGCAACAAAUGGAAUGAGUCAGGCACAGAACACUGAGUUCUGGACACUAUGAUUUCUGUGGAAAGAGGAAUAAAUAUUUUCUUAUUU